UAUUUUCUUUUUAUGAUUUUUUUGUCAGACACAUCUUUAAGGUUCUGCUCCUCUAGCCACUAAUUCCACUUUAUUUUUUCUUGGCAACGUCGAGAUUUUGUAACACUGGUGUCAGGUGUGGGGUCAUAUUGAUCAGAGCUAAGGAUAGUUCUUACCAAAAUGGACGCAGAACAAUUGAAAGCACAGUUUGACUCUAUAAUCCAACUUAUGAAAGAUAACACCCUUAAAGAGCGCUCUUUUUGGGAUGGCAAGUUGUCAGAAUGGAAAGAGGAACUGAACCGGCGACAAGAAGCAACAGAUGAACGAGUCGUUGCAUUGGAAAAAACGUUCAGUAGAACAUUUGAUCCAACGGAAGUGCAACAUUCGUCACCCCAUUCCGAAGAUGGAGCAGCUGGUGCAGCAGUCACGCAACAGCUACCAGCAAAUCAAGUAGACGGGGGUAGACAAAAACAGAAGGAGCUACCAGAGCCUCGUAUGGUUUUCCAACCAAGCGAAGUUUUCGAAACACCCCAUCGGACUGUGGAUGAAAUUGCGAAUCAACCAAAACGAACCAAAGCAAGUCAGCUUUAUGGUGGCUCUCAGCCACGCUUCUUGAAUUUUAGUGUCUUGCAACCAUUUGAUGGCCAAAACUCUUGGGUUGAUUAUGAGCGGCAGUUCUGCAUAACAGCUACUUUCUACGGUUGGGACGAGGAGGAAAAAGCAUACGCAUUAGCAAUGCAGCUGCGAGGUGAAGCCCUGACAGUACUAAGCGCACUCCCAAGCGGAAAACCAGUUAGUUUCGAAGCGCUUACCAAACUCUUACGGCAACGUUUUAGUCUCGAUACUCAUACAAGUUUUUCUCUCCUCCGAAACCGUGUGCAAAAACCAAAAGAAACACUAGCCGAGUUUGCCGUCCAGCUGCAACGUCUCUCCGUAGCUGCAUUCCCAGGUUGUGCCGAAAAAGUGGUAGGGGAAAUUGUAUUGAGCCAAUUCGUUGAUGGAAUUCGUGACGAACAGGUCCAGAAUUUCGUCGCUAUUGGACGUCCUCAAAGUUUGCAGGAUGCUCUAGGAAUUGCUCUGGAUGUCACUACUCGCCUCGAGCGCCGUGGUCACAAACAUGUUUUUAUGACAAUCCCCGAUCAGAGUAAGAGAGACGACCAGAAACAAACAGCUAACGAAAACCCUAAAGAUAUCCGAUUUUCUUAUACGUAUUCGGAAAACUAGAUACCACUGGCAAU